AUAAUCGGCGUUCCAGUCGGAACUGACCAGCUGUGUAGGGUGUUUUUUAGCCGUAGGCUGCGUUCUUUAGCAUUUAAUUUUCUGAUCCGCUGCUGUGUCCGUGAUGUGUUCUGCUCGUUGGACGAGUGAAAGUCGAAGGUCUUGACGAUCCGCCGUCUACCGCCGCCUGUGAGGAUUCCUCUGCUGUGCUUUUACGUGUGCUCUCGAUCGCCGUGACAUGUUAGGCAUCCGUUGUGCGGCUUCCGUCGCUUCCAGAGCCCAUCUAUCGGCGAGAACGUCGCACGAUGGCCAGUCGACGACGAGCGUCGUUUAGGACUACACCGACAGCAACCCGUCGUCGGUCGUCCAGAGCAACGAGCCUUCUCCGAUGACGCCACGGAUUUGAUCUGCGAUCAUCUGGCCUAAGUGUUUUCGGUUCGUUCUUCCCAAGCCGGUGUUUUCACUUCUGCUCCGUGCGAAGAUGGUGCAAAAGUACCAGUCGCCCGUGCGCGUCUACAAGUACCCGUUCGAGCUUGUAAUGGCGGCUUAUGAACGGCGAUUCCCAACAUGCCCAUUGAUUCCCGUGUUCUUGGGCAGUGACACGGUUUCGGAGUACAAGAGCGAAGAUGGCGCAGAGCACGUUAUUGAACGCCGGUGCCGCCUCAACGUUGAUGCGCCAUAUCUAUUGAAGAAGAUCAUAGGAGUGGAUUUUGUGUACUUUAUACAGAAGAACUCUUUAGAUCGGCGGCAGCGAACACUUAAAAUUGAAGCCUACAAUGAGAGCUUUUCGACACGAGUUGGCAUCAAAGAAAACUGCACUUACUCGGUGCACCCAGAAAACCCAGACUGGACCUGCUUUGAGCAGAGUGCCUCUCUCGAUGUCAAGUCCUUCUUUGGUUUCGAGAGUGCGGUUGAGAAGCUGGCCAUGAAGCAGUACUCCCAGAACAUCUCCAAGGGAAAAGAGGUGAUUGAGUACUACAUCAAUGAGCUUUUGAAGGAGAACGUCACAUACAUUCCCCCGUUCGAAGACAAACCCGGCACUGAAGGCAGCGGUGACGCCAAAGCUCCUGCCCUGCGUGACAGCAUGCGAAAAAAGUCACUUGGCGAGAAGGUUACUUCACCAUCUGGCACCUCCGAGUCCCUUGCCACACAAGACGCAAACUUCAAGCUGGAGUCUGAGUACAUUGAGCGGUGCCUGGGUUCACUCACUCCGUACCAGGAAUCCUGUCUGGUCAUGCUCAAGAAGUGGAUCACUGAGGCACACCAAGGAAAAGUUCCAAGUGACCAGAUGCUGGUGAGAUUCCUUCAGGCUCAAGACUUCAAUCUGGAAAAGGCUCGGGAGAUGCUCUGCCAGUCCCUUGUGUGGCGCAAGAAGUACCAGGUGGAUCGCAUUCUCAGCACCUACGACCUGCCAACUGUGGUGCGCGAGUAUUUUCCUGGUGGCUGGCACCACCACGACAAGGACGGCCGCCCCAUGUACAUCCUCCGCCUCGGGCAGGUCGACAUGAAGGGCUUCAUCAAAUCCAUCGGUGAGCAGGGUCUGGUCAAACUCACGCUUCACCUCUGCGAGGAAGGCCUCAAGCGCACAGAGGAGGCUACCCACAAGGCUGGCAAGCCAAUAAGUGCCUGGACCUGCUUGCUCGACCUUGAAGGCCUCAACAUGCGCCACCUGUGGCGUCCCGGCAUGCGCGCUCUGCUCCACAUCAUCGAGAUGGUGGAGUCCAACUACCCGGAGACCAUGGGCCGCUGUCUGGUGGUGCGUGCACCACGAGUAUUUCCCAUCCUCUGGGCCCUGGUGGGGACGUUCAUCAAUGACAACACCCGCUCCAAGUUCACCUUCUUUGCCGAUACUGGAACCACCGCUCCGCCGGGGCUGGCUGAAUUCGUUGACCCGUCAUAUCUGCCCGACUUCCUGGGGGGCUCAUGUCAAACGUCAAUCCCUGAUGGAGGGCUCAUCCCCAAGACGUUUUAUAUGUCCGAAGAGGACUAUGAACGAGAGAAGGCGGACGGCAUGCACCUCUUUGACGACACCAUGUACCACUCAGUCAGCCUGGCACGAGGACAGGUACACGAGGUGGUUAUAAAUGUGGCGGAUCAAGGCAGCGUCAUUUGCUGGGACUUCGACAUAAUGAAGGAAGAUGUGUCAUUCACCGUGUUGCACACGACACGGGAGCUUCCCCCACCCAAGACGGCGUCUAUUGAGUCCGCGGAAGGUGACACUGACGCUGAGGAGGAAACCGUAGGGUGCACCCAUUCACCCCUGCCGCUGAACAUGCUGACGCUCGACACGCCGCCGUCAUUGCUGCCGAAGAGCUGGGUGGCUGGAGUGGACUACAAGACAGUUGAGCCAUGCCUCACGUGCCACGAUGGUGAGAGUGUGCAGGGCUCCCAUGUGACCAAUGCAUCAGGCACGUACAUCCUUCAGUGGCGACACAUGGAGGGACCUCAGCACCACCCAUUCGAGUUUCCCUUGGCACCACACAAGGCCAAGGUGAUGUACUACUAUGAGGUCCUCAAGUCGCAGGACUACAAGGGAUCCGUGACCAGCCUGCAGUCGUCGCACAGUGGUAACACGUGCAACUCGUCAAGCGACCACUCGUCCGCGCUAAGCUCGUGCCCGUCCAGGUGAUGCCAGUGAUGUCGGGACCACCUGCUCAUGCAAGUCCUGGCACCGUCUAAGGGAAGAUGACAGUUGGCCUCACCGAAGGACAUUGUGACCCUUGCCUUCGUACGAGGAAAGGGCAAGCAGCUGCGCUUGAAAUGACUGCAACAACCGAUGCGUAGUUUGUGCACGGGACGUGCCUGGUGCUGUUUUACGUGAAUUGAGGCCACGAAUUACUUUGUGGUACACCUGCCUAGGGCAGUAUGAUAAAUCCUGCAUUGUUAAAGCGCACAGGCUUGUGUAGGAGUGACCCACCCUAUUUUUCUAGCGUGUCCAUUUAGAGUCUUUCCCCCCGAGCAGAGCCUCUAGAUUUUUACGUCACGCUAGCUGUGGCACACACCCAAGCUGUAGCCACAGUCGUAUUUUACCUGUAUUCAUGAUUCGUCUUGGCCAGUUUUGUCUAACGUACCUGUAUACAUUUCAUUAAAUCGGUGACAUGGCGAUCGCCAUUUUAAAGCAUAAUCCUUGUCAAGACGUUCUUUUACAGCCCGAGUGAACCAGCACUUCAAAAAUUCUGGGAUAGGCUCAUAGAAAGUGGCAUGAUGCACCGAGCUGCAUUCGAUGAUGCUGACAUUGAUAUCACCAACCGGGAGAUUGUUUCUCGGUGUUAUCAGCAUCACCUGGCCUAUGCGCCUGGCUUAUGCGCCUUGACCAUGCCUUGUAAUCCUUGGUACUGUUGUUUGGUGUUGUUAAGGCCCAAUUCGUGCGAGGCACAUUCCAAGAGUAGAGUUUAAAAAAGAGAAAGGGCCAAAUAUUUUUUUCAUUGUAUGGAUGUGAAGGGGGUAUCAAGAUUUAUCGUAAAAUCUUUGCAUUGUCCUUAGCAGAGAUGCCGUGACAAUGUUGUUGUCUAUCAAAGUAUUUUAUAUGCUGUGCUGUAAACAACUUGCUUAGCCAACAUUGUAUCUAAAGAACACAAUGUGCCAGCUACCUAAGAUGGGGAAGCUCUACCUCAGGCACUCCUAUCCAAAGUGUGACAGCGAGCGGCUGAUAGAACGUGGAUGAAAUACGUAACAACUAAAGUGUAGUGCAAUGUGGUAGCACCAGUCCAAUUUAAACCAUUAACAUAACUUGAGAGUUCCAUAAAUUGGCUUAAAGAUUUAUGUGUCACUCAUAAUAUUUAAUAUAAAAAAUCAUAUACACUUGUUUCAUUGAGCUCAAUUUGGCCUAUCAGAUUUGCUGUAUCAAGUGCUAUCCUUAAAUGACUGGCACUUCUGUGAGAAAACAUACAGUAUGGCCAAUAGAAAGGCUCCAACUGUUAUAUAAUACCCGUGUCACACGGCACAGUUUCGAAUGCUAUCGAGUCCCAGCGGCAUCAAAUUUCUUGGUUGCAAUUGGUUCCUCUUUGCAAGCUAUGGAGAGGGAGCCAAUUGCAACCGAGGAAUUCUAUCCUGAUUGGGCUUGAUCACAAUCGAAAGUGUACUGCGUGGCACCUCUAUUAAACUAUGGUCUAAAGUGGAGGUGCAAGUUUAAAGUCUGCGUUAUCCUUAAAAGCCAUCAUUUAUGGUGGUAUUUCGUUAAACUAUUACGCUUGGACAUUCCGCUGAAAUAAAUGGCAACACAACUCAAGAUAAGGCCACUCAAAAAAAUGUCUCCACAAAUUGGUUGUGCUUCAGCGCCCAGCAUGACAGGCAGGCCUGCUGUUAUCUCUGCAUUCAACAAUAAUUGCUUCUUUACAAGCUUUGUGUCCAGCAGUUCACCUGUGUCAUGUUCUAAUGACAUUCAGCAAAGCAUAUGCAAUUCAAUGUACAAGGUUAUCUGUAUAUCUUUAGAAUGUUUUAUGAAAAAGAACAAACAUUUAUCACAAAAUGGUCCUUGAAAUAUGUGCAUUCCGAAUUACAAAAAAAAAAAAGCAUUGUGGGCACAUUAUAACUUACUAAUUGCACUGCAUGGUAAAUUUUAAAAAUGAGCUAUGGAAUUGGCUAAAGGCUAGUAUUUGCAAAAUCCUAUAAAAGGCUAUAUUUUACUAGGCGAAGUGUUCAUGGAAAAUUACGGAAUGUACAAAGAUAAAAAAUAAUGGCACUUUUGAAAAAAUAAAUUAAGCUCUGUCAUAUAAUAAUCUCAAGUAUGAUAACGCUUGCAUAAGAGGUAAUGAACAUGGGUCUCACAAGUGCAUGUGCCCUUGAAGGGAAAUGACACAAAAUUUUUGUCUUUCUUUUUAUUUCUUUGUUUGCUUAUAUAGGUAACUGCAAGCUCUGUAAUGAUAGUACAUCAUACAAUGCCUCAAAUCUUCAACCAUGCAAAGAAUCAUGAGUUAUACAUGUACUAUCUUUUAUUUGGGAAGUUGGCAGUUCUUUAUUGAAUACAGUUGACUUCUAUUAAUUUGACCUUAAGAAGACUGACGGAAUUAUCUAGUGGGUCGUAUUAUAUAUAAAAAAAAAGUUCACACGCGAAUGCUUCAUUUUACAAUAUUUCCCUAAAUCUAACGCACACCCAGUUUUUUAUCGGUUCAUAGUCAAUGAGCAUCCAGUCUUAAAAAAACAAAAAUGUAAUGAUUCUGGCAAUCAGAAACUUUAUUAAACUUCCUCGAUUUCAGACAGCCUUCUAUCGCUUUCUACAGACAACAAAAUGCCACCAUCCUCACAGUCUAUUGCAAUUGAUGUUCCAUGUUUCUCGAACCACUUCACUGUAAUUGUUUCAAACAAAAUGGUGAACAGAGCCUAGACUGGCUAACUGCUUCCAGUAUGUCCUGUGAUGCACACAAGCCUGUGUAGGUCCAAAAGCAAGUUGCAUGACUGUUGGCGCUAGCCUAAUGCAGAAUAACCUUUUUGGGUGCGUCUUGUAAUGAAAGCCUGAAAAGAGUGCAUCAUUCUCGCACUCCUAUGCUAGGAUUUGUUCUGCCGGCAUCUUGUGAUGACAGUGGCAAAGGCACUGGCUCUUGACAGUAGGCUGUUGCUAAUUCCAUAAACAUGGUUUCAGUUUUUUAUUUGAUCGUAAUGCACUGGCUAUUUUUAGAGGAAUUUUCUUUAAAAAAAGUUGCACAUUAGAAUUGCACGAGUACGGUAAUCAUCAAUUGUAGGCAGCCAUUCUUGCUUUGAAAUCUGCUGAAGGCAGGCUGAAAAUUGUUAUUUCUGGCAGGAGAUAAUGUGUUUUCAGUGCCUUCACUGUCCCAUAGCGCCACCAAGACAGAUGUUGCAGUAAUUGGCAAGGUGUUACAAAUGGGUCAGUAUUGGGGCAGGGAGUGCGCCUGCUUACCAGUCAAGUUUGAAUUAUCCUGUCCUGUGAGGGCCAAUUUCAGGAUUGAAAUAACGAAAGUUUUGGCCUGCAAAAAUUCAGGGGCACUUGCCAAGACUUUGGUCAGAGUCAAAUUAACCCUUUAUUGAUGGCACAUGCAAAUACCAAUAAUUCUUUUACAUUUUCUACUUAAAUGUGCAAGACACAUAUAGAGUAAGUAAGCACAGUCAACUAAAAGAAAAAAUAUUUUGCGGAAACUUUUUUCAGCAUAAGAGGUUAACAAGAGGGAAAACUGGAAGUGGGCUUUGACCCCAAGACACUUGUGGCUUCGUUUCAAGUUUGUACAGGCAGCUCUUGUUAUAUGUGAGCCAUGAGGGUACAUUCCAUUUGCUUUACAUCACAUGUGUGACACCACUCUAAAAAACCAGGUCGCGUGCCAAACUUCUCCUUUCUCGUCUUGUGUUCUUGCUCUAAGUCAACAAAUGACACUUGCUGCCUAUCAUUCAGUGUUGGCUGAAGGCAUUCAGCCAGAAAGUUUGUACUCAGUACCGUAAUUCGGCAACAAAAAAAAUGUUCUGGUAUGUUACCUUUCGGGAACACUCGUCAAUAAAGGAUUAAAUGAAAAAUAAAUUAGCUAAAGUCAAAUUAACAGAAUUCUACUAUAAAGUUGAAGUGAGAUAAAAUUUGUAUUUGUAUAUCUUUCAAGUGAUAAAUUAUUGCUUGAAAAUGUUAUCACCUGUAAUACUGAGAGCAAAGCAUUCGCAGCAGACACAACUAUUAGUGUGAGACUCCUGAGGACCCGUUCAUAAACGGUAUAAAUAGUAGCCAACCAUUGUUUGCAUCAUGAACAUAUAUGGUGUUUGUGAUGGAUAUCUCUAACCAUUGUUCUGUGGGCACCCCUUGCUUGGUCCACUGACUCGAAGCAGGCAGCACAACUGCAGUUGAAUCUCUGUGGUGUCUGCUUCCUUUCAUGGCAGCAGACAGGGACGAACCAGACUGGUUUUUAUCACUCCGUUUAUCACGAACAUAUUAAAUUUAAAGAGGAUACCAUGACUUGGCCUUCCCCGUGUUGUGAGGUUCAUUACACAGGUAAUUUUGACGGUCAAGAUUUAUUCGCUGUUUGUCUAUCAGAAAUUGUCACUAGAAAAUAUUAAUAUCUAUGCCAUUUGGCCAUAGAGGAGUCCAAGAGCCUGAAAGUGUGUACUUCCUUCAUUGAGCAGACCAUUUCUGCCUUGUCAUGAAGUCUACGUCUGAGGUCAAGCUUCCUGUCAUCUGCUAGCACCUCUUGCAAGUAAUAUGCGCAUGCUGGCACUUGCUGAUCUAAGUGACACUUGUAAUAACUGUUAUCUGGCUCUAAUUUCAGUAUGUAGUACAUCUGCAGCAUUCAAAAAGAAAAACAGCUAGAACUUGCACAUUUUCAGUGCCAGAUCAGUAGCAAAAGGCAGUGUGUAUGCACAUGCUUUACUAGAAGGUAAGUUACUCUGUCAUGUUUAGGUUAUAAACAUAGGGUUGCCAUGUUUAGGUUAAACAUAGUUGGCACCCGGUGAUAUCAGUAGCGACCGAUGAAAACGUUGCAUGAUGUGGCAUUUUGGCGGCAAAGCGAGAGGACAAGCAGCAUCAACAUUCCCUGUUGAGCUUCCGGCAGCCAAACCAGAAAUGUGCGGCUGUCUUCGAUGACGACUGUCAGAUAACGCAGACUGUACCUUUGGCCACACACUGUGCUGCCAUUUGCGUCUCACCUUAUGUUGAUAGCACAUGGUUGCAAUUGCAGAUACGAAAUUCUCUGCACUCCCAUCUGGUGGUUGGCAGUGGCAUGCUAAAGCCAUUUGUAUAAUGUUGGAAGUUACGGUAGUGGCAUAGCCCUGUAGAAUGAGAAAGCUAGCUAAUGUGCUGAAUUUCUAGUAAGUGCAUACCUUUGAUGAGCUGCCAUGCAAUUCUACAGCGAUGUAAUGAGUGCCAAAGCACAUGUCUCUGUACUCUGAGCAGCACCUUGUCAAGCAAGUGACAGGCUUUGUAUUUCGCGUAGUCAUUACACUUGCACCGCCACCAAGACAGACUGGAUGGUCAAAGCUAGUGCCCACAAAGAGAAGUAGUUGUCUGCAGCAUGUGCAAUCGUUAUUUGGAGCGCGUACAAUUUUGCGUGCCAUUUCACAGCCUAUAGGGGAACCAGUAUUGGCCAGGAUGCACUACGGUGGUUGGAGUGUGCAACUUAAAUAUGCUGACACCAUCCGGCAGGUGCACCACAGAAAGAACAGAUGUUUCCAGUGAUAACAAACACACCUGUAUCAACAUUUGCUAAUGCCUGAGGCAUCAAGCCAAGCUCUGUUCAUAUGCAUAUGCAUUCCGUGAGUGCAUGCACUCCUAUGUUGUAGCACACUGGCCUCAAUACGAGCACAUGUUCUAGCACAUGUGCCUCAAGAUGAGCGACGAAUUUGCUGACUCAAUAUCAUGGCAUGUCCUACUAAAUACUGUCCCUUUGCCCACAAGGCUGUUUGUUACUGUGGUGCUGUUGGCACGCAGAGUUCCAGCGCUAGUUGCUCAUAGGUGGCACGACAGCAGUCCAGCAUGGCGAAUGAUGAGAUGAUCACAACGCUGCUAGAAUUCAUGUGUAUAGGGAAGUACGGAGCUCUCCGUGCAGCAUGUCCCCUUAUGUAGAUUUUAUUGCCUGGUAGUGAAGCAAUAAGACAUUGUCAUUGCUGAAAAAAUCUUGAGCAUGAAUGCAUCUGUGUAAACACUAAAAUGUGUGAAAUUGUAGACGCUGCGAGUGGCAGCCUGUAGCUUGGCACUAAAGCCAAAGUUCGUGACAAAGCCCAAAAUUUGACAUAUGCUACCCAGUAAAGCACUAAAUAUACUUGGAGAUAUGCCUAAUUGUUGUUUUACUUGAACUGUAAAUGACCAUAGCAUUGAUGAGGAUUUUAUUCGUCGUUAGUUUAGGGCCGUGAAAGUCUGCCUGUUUUGCCCCAGCGUAUUACUACUGGGUAUGGAGUGAUUCAAUGGACAAAGUAGUUUGCGCUAGUGUAAACAAACAACCAAAAGUAGUUAAAGAAUUGUGUUUUGCACAUUGUAGCCUAACAGGAAAAGUGAUUCUGCAAGCGUACAAGUCCUCACAGUCCGUUGCGCUCCCAUUUCGAGAAGCGAACAAAACCUCUUUAAUUUCAAGAUACGUAAUUGUGCUUCCUAUUUCUUUUAAAGAUAUCCCUUCUGUUUUCCAUUUUGCUUGUCCUUCUUUAUGAACAGUGGAAGAAAAGACGCUAGGCUAGGGCCACAAAAGGAUUGCCACAAGAGAUCUGGCAAUUGUAGGAAGGGGUAAUUCUUCAGAUCCAGGAACGAUGCCACAAAUACAGGCUUUCUCCAUGAGGUGCACUGAGUGGCUGCAUGCUACUUUCUGUCACAUUUAACCUUUAAAAGAUCUUUCUUUCUUUCUUUGUGUGUGUGUGUGUGUGUGUUUUAGGGCGUGAUGCUGUGCUCCGCACUUGCUGGAAUGUCUCAUACCAAACUUUCGUUCCUGCUCACUUAUUCCUGAGCAGCUUAUCCCACGGAACGAAUGCUACGAGUGCCCCAUUGGGUAUUUUCUCGGAUAAACCACUGGCUCUGUCGCACUCGAAAUUUCACAGGGAGGUGAUGCAGUUUAAUACAACAUUUGGGUGCAUUACUUGCCUGUUUCGCCUCCAGAAUGUGUCCCGAGUUUGCUUCAGCUGUGGUGAUGGCAGACAGAAAACAAAAUUUACAGGAAUGGAACGAUGGCACUGUCCGAUUGUUUGGGUGAAGCAUGGCGUGCACCUUGUUUGGCCAUUGCCGUGCAGUGUCACUAUACUGUGCAAUGGAAUGGUGAAGCAUUUCUGUGCCCUGCAAAGCUUUGUGUCUUCUAGCUAGCCCACUCCUGCCGUAGCUUAAACUGUACCCCUUGUGAUAGAGCCUCCCUUUAUCUCUCUCAUCCCGCUGUAUGCCAAAUGAGUAGAUGUGGCUGCUUUGACAACUCGCUCUUGCGAAAUACGACCCCCGUUAGGCUUGUGCUUACCAGAUGCUUCCAAACACGAAUUGUUGCCCCUCGUUUGUGACUUUGGUGUGCUUCAUUAUGUAAGUCUUCCACUGGUGCUAUUGUUGAGACCAGCCAGAAAGUCACAAGGUUCCAGGCAUCUUAAGCUACGUCCAUGCAUGUUACAUUAGAAAGCCUUUGAGAGUAGCAUUGUGCAGUACAUAUCUCUUGUUGUCCAUAGAUUCCUGCCCGUAGCAUCUACAGCACUGAAAAUUGUGGUGUGUUCUUGGUGCUUCCUCCACAUUUUCUCGAGGGCGUGUCAUGCGUCUGAUGGUAGUGUAUUAGGCAAUCACAUUAACAGAAGAGGGUGUCUGUUCCCCCAGUGGAACUACGUAAGAACUUUUUCGAUUUGUGCAUGCAGGCAGGCACAUGUUAGAUUGAACUGCAAGGCAUAGAAAGCAGCCUAGCAAAAAAAGGUAUGGUGCAGAAAGGUGCUCACUACUUUUCAGCUGAUAGAUAUCAUCUGAGAGUAGUAAAAUGUUGCACAGUACUUGUAUCAUGGUGAUUGAAGAUUUGCUGUCAUUAUUGCUUCCUUUAUUGUUUGCGUCAUUCAGUGCUAACAUAUUUAGCUAUUUGUCUGGUCUUUGAGCAGCAACUGUGGCAAUGCCAAUUUAGCUCUCCUGUUGUUGCCUGUUGAGCUGCUGAACAUGUAACACUUAUGUAGUACAUGUUUUGGACAGUGUUACUGUGAAUGUGAACACAGAAGGCGACUAACAUGUUGCUGCACACCCUAAAGCAGCGCUAACGACACACAGCCAAUUGUGAUGUUGGUAUUGCUCUGUUACAGGUGGCUCAGAUAUGCUUCCGACAUUAGCCUGCGUUUAGCUUUCGGACUUCCUUUUAUAGCUCAUCUCUGCUGUAACUGCUGAACUUGGCCAGUUUGAUGUAAGGUCUUCUUGCUUGUGUCUGCUUAUUGCAGAUUCAGUCUUUGCUUACUCUAAAGAAGUAGUGUUUAUUUUUACCUGUGUACUUAAAAAGCUUUCUCUAACAAGUCAUUUGCUUCUUGUUGUGUAUAAAAAAAAAAAGAAAGAAAAACAGCAUGAUCAGAGUGCGAAAAAGUUGUGAACUGAGUGCAUCAUUUUUGUUGGAAGUGGGGUGCGUUUUCCAGAUGUGUUAUAAGUGAAGUACACCCAAAAUAAAGUAUUCAGCGUAUUUUUAAAAGCA